CUACUGUCUCGAACGUCGCAUUCAGGCGGGCAGGGGUUGCUCCAGUGUAAAUAACAAUAUCGGAGUGUCGCUGCCAAGAUGUCAUCGCUUACUCGGCCCGUCUUGCUGGUGCUUUGCACAGCUUUGUUGAUGAAGGUGCAAUGCUUGAACGCACAGAAUGUGCAAUGUUCGGGACUUCAAGAAGAAUCGUUCUGUCACCCUUCCAACCAAAAUGCCGUCAUUUUGUGCAGGAAGGGGAACACCAACCCUAGCUUGUUUGGUUGUGCCAUGGGAACUAUCUGCCGCAAUGGAGCUUGCAAGAGAAUAAACGCGGAUAAUUCGGUGAACAGUGGAGUACAACAGAGUUCAGAAGUGAACGCAGUGGCAUCGGCGCCCCAGGGGCUACCCCGGAAAAGCGCCCUCGUGCCAGGCGGUAAAACUUGUGAACCAGGGAAGAUACUUGUCCAAGUUUGCGAUCCCAGUGACUCAGAGAGACGGAGAUAUGCCCAGGAUGUCUGCAACGCAGGGGGUACCAUGUCUCGCGGGUUCCAAUUUUGCCCCCAUGGUGGUACCUGCGUCGCCACGGGUCCUACAACUGUUGGUUGUCAAUACAAGGUCAGCUCUGUCCCUCCGAGCAAAGGAAACGCUGCAGGGUCACAACAACACCAAACAUCAGGGGACCAAACCGCAGCGACCGCAAAUGAUGCGAUUUCACACGUAAUGAGCGAUGGUCAGGCAGUCUCCGGAUACGUAAAACCGUCUUCCUCUGGGCUGGAAAGUUCUUCUCUUCAGAUUGGUUCUUCGUCUUCUUCCUCUUUCCCAUCCGACCUAGUCCCGUUACCAUCAUUUUCGCAAGCACAGGUCCUUCCCGGUCCCCUUUCCGGUCUGUUCAACUCCAUAGCACUAGCCAACAUAGUCGCUGCCAACUCUAAACAAGGAAAUCAAGUAAAGGUCAUCAACUAUGGCCCUGCUAAUAACAGUCCCGUGAAGCCGCGUAUGGGCGGCCUGUUCCCACCGACGGCCACAUUCAACGUCCAAGGCAGCCCUUCCAAUACAUUUUUGCCCGCUCGUAAUCCUGCUAUUCCUCGAGGAAGCCAAUAUCCUGUUGGUGGAGGAUUUGGAGGAGGAGUGGGAACGGGAGGAAGAGGAGGAGGAUCGUAUCCAAACAGCGGGGGAGCAUAUCAAACAUCACGGGUUCAGGCAUUCCCAGCACAGACAUUUUCGGAGGGAUCUUCACUGCCAGGGGGCCUCACCAGAUCGCAAACACCACAAUUUGUUUACUUCACCUUCGACGACGCAGUGACAGUGGCUGGUUCUAGAGCGUACCAAGACCUCUUCAAUGCAAACCGUAGAAACCCAAAUGGCUGCCGCAUAACCGCAACCUUAUUCGCCAGUAACCAGUACACUUCAUAUAAAGAGGUACGAAAGCUGUAUGAUUUGGGAUUCGAGAUUGCCGAUCACAGUAUAUCCCAUAGAACCCCAACCACGUGGUGGAAGACUGCAGAUUAUGAAGAGAUUAAAAAAGAAUUCGUCGGUAUGAGGGAAAUAGAGAGCAAAUCCGCGGGAAUUCCUUUGAAUCAUAUUCUUGGGGUUCGCGUGCCAUUUUUAGCAAAACCUCCAGGUUUAUUUAGACUUUUAAAAGAAAACCACUUUGGUUAUGAUUCAACGGUAACUAACACUGGAACUCCAAUUUGGCCGUACAAACAUGACUCCGGACUUUGGGAACUUCCAUUGAACGUUUGGCGUUUUAAAAGCACUGGCUGUGGUGGGAUGGUCGAUGGUUGUCGACCACAAACCAAGGCAGAUACUCUUACAUUCCUUAGAGAGAACUUCAGGCGCCACCACGAUGCCCCUGACAAACCACCUUUUGGCAUUAGCAUGCACUCUGCUUGGUUCCUCGCGCCAGAGUGGAAAUAUAGAAAAGAAGCUUUGAAUGAAUUUAUAGAUGAACUAUUAGCAAAUCCAGAUGUGUGGAUCGUAACACCUACACAACUAUUAGUAUGGAUGGAAUCACCAGUUAGCAAAGACAAACUAUAUAAUUAUGCACCAUUCCAAUGCCAAAGCCGUGGUAAAUGAGGAGUUACCUAGAAUUUUAGUCUGUUAAUCGUUUGUAAUGGUUAAAAUAAUGUUUGAAAUAAUUGACCUUCCAAAUUAGCACUAUAAACACAGUAAAGCCGUUGUAAAAGUGGAAGUUUUUAAGCACUUAGUACUUGAGACUAGAACACUUUAAGAGCUGCUCCACACACGUUCCCAGAGCGAACAAAGUCAAAGAGACCAUUACGUAGAAAUCGGUGGAGUGGAAUCGCUACUCCUCUGAACUGCCUGGCGCACGGAUCUCAAACAAAUUGUAAUGCUUGUGCAAUCGGGGUUUGAAACUGUAGUCUCUUUUGCUGCGUUUGGACAUGAUCGGACCAAAGGUUGCUUCAGUUUAGGCAGUAUU